AUGCAUCGUUUGAACCUACUCCAGCGCGUCUGGGUGGCGUUCUACAACCAGAGUGAUCCUGCUUACGUCGGCCUAGAACAUGAACCAGAUGCCGAGUCAGAUGAAGAUAUUGCCACACAGAAACCAUCCAGGUCGACGCUGCUCAUGCGAGCAAUCUCUCCGAAUGCUUGGUCGUUCACCACAUUGGUAUUAUUGACCAUGCUCAUUGGCAAUUUCUCUCAGUGUGGAUGCGAUUGCGAAGACAGCAUUUCAAUAUGGGCGAUGCCAGAUUCAGAUAUGCCAGAACCACUAUUCAGGUUGGAGAAAAGACGAUUCACGAACGCGGUUCGAGACGACUCCAAUGGCAAUCUCUACUCUUCAAUCAAUCCGGAUGAACUGCAGUAUGCCGGCCUUCCUAGCCCCAAGAUCGAUAAGAACUGGAAUGAGCUUAUUGGCGGUCGAUACUUUCGCUUAGAAGACUCUGAAGUAUCACUACUGAACCAAGACUCCGAGCUCCCAGCGCUCACGAAGAUGCAUAGCAAUGAGCGGAUAACCAAAGAAGGUUUCUACGGUGGCCCCGACGUGCUUCACAGUCUCCAUUGUUUGAAUGCUGUACGGAAACAUUUAGACAUGGAUUAUUACGCAGACUCCAUGGCUCUCCCACCAGAAUAUCGCCGUAUACACAUUGACCAUUGUGUUGAUCAUCUUCGACAGGCGUUACUCUGCCACGGCGACCUCACACCGGUCACUAUGAAGCCUGUUGCUGCGAACACAUCUUUGCCGUUUCCGGUCACAUUUUAUCUUGGACAAACCGAGCGUGAGCAUACCUGUCGGAGUACGGAAGCCAUAAGGAAUUGGGUCACUGCCCGCGGGCAGCGAACGGGUCGCAUUGAGCCUCACCAUCCGAACCCAUGA